UAAGGUACAUACAGUGACAAAGGGUCUAUGAGUUUUAUGUAUGCGUGCAUAAAUGCACGCAGGCUGUGUCUGAUCAGACUGAAGUUGCGCCAACGAGGAAAACGUGACUCAGUUCGCAUGCAUGCGGCAAACUGAGCACGAGGUCAGGAAUGUGCAUAUGCUAACAGCAUUUGAGAAAAAUGUCCAUCAUCUUGAGAAUUGACAGCCAACACCUCUUUUUUGAGCAGCACUCGAGCGCAAAUAACUGCUCAACACGGAAUUCAUCAUGACUACAGAGGAUACCUUUCCUUUCGAAAUUGUUGCGGUUCCUUGGAACGAUUGCAAUGCUGUGAAGUUACGACAAAUGCAACAUGAUGAAUUCUAUUCACGAUAUCCUGAAGAUCCGGGAGAGCCGGGGAAAAGCAUGGAUGCAGAGGAUUGUUUGUUGUUCCUUUUGAUACGUCAACAAGUGAAAGAAUCUAACGAGGUCAAGUAUGUGGCAGCAGCUGGUCUAAGAAAAGUUGAUGACAGCAGAGCAGAAGUAAAGCGUAUGUUUGUCAUUCCAGAAGCUCGUGGACCUCCAUUCAGACUGGGUGAACGAUUGAUCUCAUCAUUAGAGCAACAUGCACAACAAUUUGGCUUUGACACGCUUUUGGUGGAAACUGGAUCGUUCAAUCAACAAGCUCUACGAUUUUAUCAUCGUAUUGGUUUCAGCCCAUGUGCUGCCUUUCCGCCUUAUGAAAAAGCAAAAGCGCCUCUCUCUGUAUUCCUGGAGAAGAAGAUUGUACAACAAUUUCAAUAGAUGCUAUUCGAGUCACUUCCUGACUCACGUUCCCCCCGAUAAGCCGAAGCGCCGGCGAUUCAUCGGUCGCGUCAGCCGAGCAGUGUAAUUUAAAGUUUGUCAAUUAGACUUCCCCGCAUUUUCGAUCCUACAACCAUCUGUAUUUUAUCACAUAGUACAUUUUCAUUAGCAUCAUAUUACAGCAUGAAGUUGUUGACCACACUUCUUUACAAAUUAGACCACGCUUGGUGUUUUAGACUCUUGAAUCAAGA